AUGUCUUCUUCCCGUUGGUGCAAGUCACCCCUCCACCGUUACGCUCACCCUCGCCGCGCCGCCACCAAAUCGUCCAAACUUCAUUGCCGCAACUUCCACGCAACAACUCCCCCAUCCUUCUGGUUGAAAGGUCACAGAAAUGUCUCCAACAACUACUCAGACUUACACAAUAACUCCUCCUUCACCAAAUCUACCCACGAGUCCGCCCACGAAGACCGCAUGAAGAGCUUCAAGAAGCUAUUCGAAGAACAUCCGUAUGAGUUCCUCUUCGGACGAAGCAACAGGAUGCUGAGGGGUUACGGAGCAAAGGGUUGGGAUGCUGAAUUCGUAAGGAAGGUGUUUCCACAAUGGGCUUGGAAGGACCUUGAGGAGUUGGGCGAAGAUGCCGGGAGGAGGGCAACUGCAAGUAGAUCAAACCGGAGCGAAGCGGGCACGUCAGAUGACGGACACUAUCGGGCGUCGAAUUCUACUUCAUCAACGGCGCGAUCGCGGGCGACAACUGAUGCGAAUGCCCCGAGGUCGAAUCCAGAGACCAUAGAUCCCUACAGAGUUCGCGAGUCGAUCUUUUCGGAACCAUCCUACAAACGUGCUCCUACCAAGAAACCCGACUAUGAUACUUGUGUCGUCUCUCCUUCUGACCCCCGACGCCCUCCAGAAUUUACAUCGACCUCUGCGGUUGGGCCUGACACAUAUACACCGAGAAAGGAGGUAUACAAUGACCAGGGACCUGAGUGGAUCUCUCGAGCGCCCAAGCCCAGGCAACCUCCUCACAAGGACAGCCUCAGUGCGGAAGAAAGAUCAGGAGACGAUAUCGGUGCAAGUGAAGCUUCCUCUAGAGAGAGUGCUUUCAUCAAGGAAUUCUUUGCCGAGCCACCCAAAAUGGAUAGCGGAGGCAACGAGUGGCGGAACACGUCUUUAGACAGGCGAUCAGCCAUGAACCCGCCCAAGGAGCAGGGUUACAAGGACGCCAAACUCAAGGACCAGACAUCGGCUCCUAACCCCGAGGAGUAUUCCUCGACGGAGAGAUUCUGGGGUGUAAAACGAGGCAUGUGGCCUCCGCAAGAGAUGGCCGAAGCGAGAGACCCCAAGGAAGAUAUGGGGAAGAGCGACCAAACGUGGGGCAGUCGGACAGAGCCUGCUCUCAAAGGCGAUCCGGCUGUACAGACUUGGUAUAGCAGAAAUGAAAGCCCUGCCCAAGCCGAAGAGGGGGUGAAAGAGCCAAGGAGCAGCAGAUCUACUGACAAGAUUUUGGAACAACUGCCAAAGGAUGACAUUGACUUCCUUACAGCUUCUGAUAUCCGAGCCGCCAUGGGCCGUAAGAAGAAUAACCUUUCCAAUCAGUCAAGGGAUCAGCUAGAACAGCACUAUAAGAGAGCGAGCGAGAAUGACGCUGUUCUCGAUUCCAUGGUCGAGUCGAAGAUCGUCAAUGACCAACUUAUCCGACGAACAACGAGGGAGCUCAACGAGAAGAACAAGAACAGACCCGAACUACAGUCUAUCAACGCCGAUGCAUCUGCACCAGCACAGCAUAUCGCUUCAACACCAGAGCCAACAGAGCCUGCACUAGAAUCUAGCAUAGAUCGGAUGACGAAAUGGUUACAGAGCGGCGGGGAUGCCUUUGUCAAACACUUUUGGCAGGAUCCCGUUACAGAGAAAUCACUCUUUGCUUCGGAUCUCCAAAUGAAGAGCAUCAAGAAUGCAGUCAGGGCGGGCGGUGCAGCCAUGGAACUGGUGGGACCAGAUCUAGAAACGGACUUUCCCGCCACCAAGCCGUUACUCCAAAGACUCAAGGCAUGCGAAACCAUGGCUUGUUACAGUGUCAGCCCAAAGCUCUGGAGCAGAUCUGGUUCCGACGAUGCCAAAGCGCAAGCCGAUAGUUUGAAGACAUUGCAGCUUCGCGUGGGUCUGCAAAAGACAGACCAUGAGUUUGACAAGGCGAUUAAAGCCAUCGAGAAUAUCGAAAAGAACGGAUUGUCGUACUCUGCAAAGAACAAUCUCCGACACGCAUUCCAGACCUUGCAAAAGAACACAAAGUUAACGCGAAGAUUGGUGUUCAACCUUCAUCAGCGGUUGGAAAAGUCACCGGAAGAUGCUGCUAAGAGGCAAUUUUGGAACGUCGGACAUCAGCUACUUGCUUUGCAGGACAUCCAAUCUGCGUUGUUGAGGCUCGUGGAACGUAUCAUGCAAAUCGUUGAUGUUGUGCCGAUUGCAGUCGCGGAAGGCACACGCACUGAGCAGGCGACUUAUACAUCAAUACCAGCAUCGCAUGCAGAAAGCCAGUCUACAACUACGUGGAGCAUUCCCGCCGGGCAAAAACUCGAGCAAGAAAUUGAAGCUCAAAAGGCUGCCAUGCAAGGUCUAUCUGACGACGGGUACGCAAGAGGUCCAGAGCCCACAACGAACACUUCACAUGAUGAGGUGAAGCCUCUAGCCCAUAGUGUCUUUAGACCUUUUAGUAUUCAACUAGAUAGGCUGGGCAAAGAAGUCGACGACCAAUUUGCUCCAGGGGCCAUUGAGGCAAAGACGAAGAGGCAGUCGGUAGAAGACCAGAAGCUCGUGAAGGAAAUUAAGGACGCAUAUGAGGACAACUAUGGUCCAAUUACCACGGAACAUCGUCAAACACCAGGCCUACAGGAAAAGAGUGUUGAAUUCGAAGCACCCGAACAGGUGCAGGAUGAUCCUUUGAUCAAACAAGCAGUAGAAUCUUGCGAUACGGACGCAGUCAAUCCCACGUCGAACAUGGCUAGAAAUAUUACGACGGAAAGCAAGGCAGAUAGUUCCCCACCGACCCAGAAAGAGAUUGAGGCAACCGCGCAGGACAUCGAGGUCACUGAACACACUGAGGCCAGCGUGACUGCCGAACCAGGAAGCUCUGCGGCCACUUCACAAGAAGUCAUCAAAUCGGCCACGGAAAGCACUACCGCCACGCCAAUCUUUGAGAACCACCAAGACACUACCCAAAAGACCGUCCCAACGAGUUACUCGUACACCAUCAUUGCCCACGACCCCUCAAAUGACGAGCUCUCCAUCACGACAACGAUCAGCACACCCGUAUCGUCCCCCGAGACGAUAUCCGUUCCCGAAGCGCUCGCCAUCCUAGACACACCCAUCAAGUUCCUCCCGCACCUCCCUACCACCCGCUUCGAAAUCACAUCCGCCAAAUCGAACCUCCUCAUCUUCCGCACUCCUGCCGAGACCUCCUCGAGCACCACCACCGCAUCUACAGAUGCCGGUUCCGAGAUCAAGACCACCAAGAUCAGCCCACCAUCGUCUUCGUCGUCGUCAUCAGAAAGCGUCGACGCUGGCAGCGAGGGCAGGCAGAAGAUCAAUCCCGUAGAUGGGACGUCUCGCUUGAGCCCGACGGGUUUCGUGGGCGUGGAUGACUUACGGGAGGAGGUUCGGGACGAAAUGAUCGAGUUCCAGAGGCUGAAAGCCGCACACGAGGCUGAGAAGCAGAUAGAGAUGGCCUGGAAGGAGGAUAGUGGUAGUAGCAACCGUGCAGAGGAAACCGAGAAAGCAACGGAGAAGGAAAGCACAAGCUCUAAAGGAAAGAAGAGUAGCAGCAAUCAACGUGCAAAAGAAGAGAGCACGAGUACCAAAGGAAAUAAGAACAUAGGCAGGGGCGGCGGCGUAGCAAGUGUGUUCAAGACGGCCAUCCUCGCCGGCGCAGCUUGCUAUGUCGCUGGUGUCAUUGGUGAGGUUGUUCGGUAA